CCCUCUCUCCCAGAAGCGGCCUUGCCUGACAGGAAGCCCGGCCUCGCUUUACGGCCGCUGGAUGAGGAGGAGCGGCGAAGGGGAGCGGGAGACGCCGCCGCCGCUGAGGGGAUUUGGGGGACAUGGCCGAGGUUCCGCCCGGGCCUAGCAGCGUCCUCGCCCCGCCGCCGGGAGACGCCGCCUCGCUCCUCUCGCCCUUCCCGGGAGCCGCCGAGGAGGAAGAAGAGGAGGAGGAGGAGGAAGAGGGCGGCUGCGGGGCCGCCGAGGCCGGGCAUGCGGGCGAGGAGGGCCCCGCCCGCCGCCCCCCCUUCCGCCGCCGGCCCUGCCCGCCGCACCGGCGCAACCACCAGCUCAACGGCCUCAUCGCCGCCGCGCCCGACCUGCGGCACUUGCGCACCUCCCUGAAGGGCAAGAUCCUGAGCGGCGAGGGCAGCGGCAAGGGCAUGGGACACGGGCAGCAGCCGCCCCAGCAGCAGCAGCAGGAAGGGGGGCAGGAGCCGCCGCCUCCCCCCGCCUCCCUCAGCAACCACCACCGGGAGCCCCGGCCCCAAGCAAGGACUGCACAGCCCCAGCAACGCCCCCACCACCGCCAAGCUUCUGCCCCAUCCGCCGGGGACAGGAACGGGGUGGCUGGGGGGGAGGAGGAGGAGGAAGAGGAAGGCCGGGAGCAGGAGGUGGGGAGGGAGGAGGAGGAGGAGGAGUCGCUGCUCCUCCUCUCCCGCUCCUUGGCUUCCAGCUGCAGCCUGCAGAAAAGCCCCCCGACGGACUCUUCCUGGGCCCCGCAGGAGGAGGAGGAGGAGACGCCGGGGGACCUCACGAUACGAUACGUCCGCUACGAGUCAGAGCUGCAGAUGCCCGAUAUCAUGAGACUGAUCACCAAAGAUCUGUCUGAACCCUACUCCAUUUACACAUAUAGGUAUUUUAUCCACAACUGGCCUCAGCUUUGCUUUUUGGCAAUGGUAGGAGAUGAGUGCGUAGGUGCCAUCGUGUGCAAGUUGGACAUGCACAAAAAGAUGUUUCGCAGAGGUUAUAUAGCCAUGUUAGCCGUGGAUUCCAAAUACAGAAGAAAAGGCAUAGGUACAAACUUGGUUAAGAAAGCUAUUUAUGCCAUGGUAGAAGGAGAUUGCGACGAGGUCGUCUUGGAAACCGAGAUCACCAACAAGUCCGCGUUGAAACUUUACGAAAAUCUCGGCUUUGUGCGGGACAAGCGGCUGUUCAGAUACUAUUUAAAUGGUGUGGACGCGUUGCGUCUUAAACUGUGGCUGCGUUAA